GGUCUCAUCUCACCUUAUGUCACCUCGGCUAAAGCUAAGCUAAUUCCAUCUCACUUUCAUUCGUCUUCCUGCGGAGCGGAUAUCGAGCGGAAUUUCUAACCACCACCACUACCUGUUUUUUUUUUUUGCCUCAUUGUGUUCAGCCCUGUUUAUCAUCUGCCCUGAUUCGAUAUUGCACCAUCGGACAGAAUCCAAUUGGAUCAGAUAUUGCACCAUCGGACAGAAUCCAAUUGGAUCAGAUACUGCACUGGCUGCCAUUGGCAGCGUUUCCCCAGACAGAAUCCUAUUGGAUCGGAUGAGAUAAAAUUACAAACACGGUUAAGCUAAUUGGUGCAGGUCUACAUUUAGAGAUGGCCCACAGAGUGAGGAAAUGGCGAAGACUCCAAAGAAGCCUAGAGGAACGUUCAGACAGUAGCGAUCAGGAUAGUAUCGACUUUGUGACUGAUUUUGACGGCACUGACUCUGAAUCGGAAUCAAUGAUUGCUGACCCUGAAGUGACGAGCAGCAGCAACAGAGGUGUAACCCUGCCAAGCUUCCCGGAGCCUCCAGCCAAGGUUUCUCCAAGGCGUGUUUUCAGGUCCAGGUCUAGAUCUCGCUACACCAGACGCCUGUCCAGGUCUCUCAACACCACUCCCUCCAGCUCGGCCACGUCUAACCACGCCAGGCACCAGUCCUCGUCUCACUCCACCAGACGCCCGUCCACGUCUCACUCCACCAGACGCCCGUCCAGGUCUCCCCACGCCAGACGCCCGUCCAGGUCUCCCCACGCCAGACGCCCGUCCAGGUCUCCCCACGCCAGACGCCCGUCCAGGUCUCCCCACGCCAGACGCCCGUCCAGGUCUCCCCACGCCAGGCGCCCGUCCAGGUCUCCCGCCGACAGGAAUCAAUCCACGUCUCGCUACGCCAGAUAUGAUGUUAAAACCUGGACGUUCCCAUUGCCUGAGGAGGUGUUUCAGAAAAUGGUUUUAACACUGCUCCUUGAGAUUCGGGACAAGGAUUCUCCACAAACAUCUGCACACGUCGGUAACAUCGUCAGGAUGGAGACCAUGGAGCAGUUUGACGAGGAGGAAGUGCAGCUCAUGGACCCCAGUAACUUUGAACGCAUGGUGCAGCGUCUGGCCAGAGUGGGAGGAAGGGGCGCGAAGGGAUGCGUCCGAAAAGUCCUUGACAGGCUGUUCACGAACACUCUAAUGGCCCAAUUUAAUAUGAUGGGCAAGGGCCAGAAGGACAAAAGAGCGUUAAAGGGCACGAAGGUCUUGAAGGCAAUACAAGAAGGAGUUAUGAGGUUCGACAAGGCGGCAACAGAAGACCUCAUCCAGCAAACCACCGCUGACCAUCUGAAACAUGCGCCACAGAGACGUCAGCAGUGAGGCGAGGCACCUGGUCGGUGAUGUGGCAGCCUUAGUUUCCUUUUCUGGACAUAUUUUUUUCUUUUUUUGUUGGACAUAUUUAAGUUAAGUCAUUUCUUAUUAAUAAACUUAUUUUGUUAUUCCUUAU